AUGCUCCAUGCAUUCGACUUCAAGUAUCGUUUGGAGGUGAUUGAAUGCGUAUCUGGCCAUCACGAUGACUCGCGGUGGCCUGCCGAUCUAUUGAAGUGUUGUGCUUUUAGGCUUCAAGAAAUCCCACCUUCCACGGUGCUGGUCUUCUGUCAUAAAUGCGUCGACGUGUUUGCAGUGAAACACAAAUGUCCAUCAGAAAUUGUUUCCAGAGCACAACUUAGAGCUCCCACGAGGCUUUUAGCUGCGAAAGAAUCCCAGAGCGGUGAAGCACAAUUCUACUUUUCCGAUGAGUCCCUCAGCGUUCUUAAAAAUGUGGUUCGGCGAUCACAAAUUGAGGGUGUACUGUGUCUUGGAACACCUAGACUUUUCGAAGAAUUGAGACAGGAAACUGGGGAUCGUCGACUUUUUCUUCUUGAUUACGAUAAGAGAUUCGCUCAGUUUUUCCCUGCCCACCAGUUCGGUCAAUAUAGCAUGCUCGUUGACCAUUUCUACGAUGAAAGGUCUUCAGAAGAGCUUCACGGCUUUUUCGAGUGCUCAAGUGUUCUGCUUGUGUGUGACCCACCAUUUGGAGUAUUUCUGAAUCCUUUAAUGAGAACAUGUUCUGUUUCAACUGGUAUUUCCUUCGAUGUCAAAAAUCUAGAAGUUUUGGGUAACGUACUAGAAGAUUACAAAGAUUAUUGGAUGAGCGACUAUCGGAUAACUUACGAGAGCCACAGGCUAUUUUCAAAUGCGUCGAAAACCAUCGUCAGGUGCUUCACGAAUUUGAAAGCAGAUGUUUUCGACUUAUCAAAUGUUAAAGGUUACAAGUUUUGCGAGUUUUGUGAAAAGUACGUUUCAAGUACGAACAAACACUGCUUUAUGUGUUCAUCCUGUACAUCAAAGGUAUAUACGUACAAGCAUUGUGACCGGUGUAUGAGAUGCGUAAAAGUCAGUUACUACCACUGCAAGAAGUGCACACGUUGCCAUUUAAAAGGUCGUUUUGAUCACGACUGA